AUGGCCAAGGAUACUAAGACCGCUGCUGAAGCAUUAUCUGAUUUAGAAAUCAAGGACAAUUCUAACGUCUCAAUCGUUCAAGAGAGCGAUGCUAAGAACGCUGAAGUCAAUGCUAGAUUAAGUGAAGCCGCAAGAAAACACAGAGAAUACUUAAGCUCCCACAGAAUUCAAAGACAUGCAUUAAAGGAAACUGAACAAGAAGAACCUCUAUUAGUUGCUGACCCAAACAGAAAAACCGUCUUCCCAAUCAAGUUCCACGAAAUCUGGCAAGCUUACAAGAGAGCUGAAGCCUCUUUCUGGACUGCUGAAGAAAUCGAUCUUGGUAAGGAUUUACAUGACUGGAACAACAGAAUGAAUCCAAAUGAAAAGUUCUUUAUCUCCAGAGUUUUAGCUUUCUUCGCUGCCUCUGAUGGUUUAGUCAACGAAAACUUGGUCGAAAACUUCUCUGCUGAAGUCGCUAUCCCAGAAGCUAAGGCUUUCUACGGUUUCCAAAUUAUGAUCGAAAAUAUUCACUCUGAAACUUACUCCCUUUUAAUCGAUACCUAUAUUAAGGAUCCAAAGGAAUCUGAAUUUCUUUUCAACGCCAUUGACACUAUUCCUCAAAUUAAAGAAAAGGCUCUAUGGGCUUUGAGAUGGAUUAACGACGCCGAAUCCCCAUUCGCUGAAAGAUUAGUUGCUUUUGCUGCCAUCGAAGGUGUCUUCUUCUCCGGUUCUUUCGCCUCCAUUUUCUGGUUAAAGAAGAGAGGUUUAAUGCCAGGUCUAACUUUCUCUAACGAAUUAAUCUGUAGAGAUGAAGGUUUACACACUGAUUUCGCUUGUCUAUUGUUCGCUCACUUAAAGCACAAGCCAGCUCCAGAAGUUGUCGAAAGAAUCGUCACCGAAGCUGUUGCCAUCGAAAAGCAAUACUUCAUCGAUGCUUUACCAGUCUCUUUAUUAGGUAUGAAUGCUGAUUUAAUGAACCAAUACGUUGAAUUUGUCGCUGAUAGAUUAUUAGUUGCUUUCGGUAACAAGAAAUUCUAUGGUGUCGAAAAUCCAUUCGAUUUCAUGGAAAACAUUUCCUUAGCUGGUAAGACUAACUUCUUCGAAAAGAGAGUUUCCGAUUACCAAUAUGCUGGUGUUAUGUCCAAGACCACUGGUACUGAAGAAGGUGCUUUCAACAUCAACGAAGAUUUCUAA